GAAGUGAAGGAACAGAUAGAGGAAGAAGAAUUACUGCAAAGUAAGAAAAAAAACAGAUCAUGGAAAAGCCAUGGAUGCGUAAUAUGGACUGGAGUUCCUCCUUUGGGAAAGAGAUAAAGAGCAAAGUGGCCACCUAUAAACCAUUAUCCGGACUAGAUCUCCAGCAAGCGAGGAUCCUGUUGGUCGGUCAGGUCGGAUCUGGGAAGUCCAGCUACUUCAACACCAUCAACUCCAUCUUCCGGGGACUAAUCAGCGCCCAGGCCAACGCUGGGAGCGCUGAACAUAGUCUU